UUAAUUUUUAUUUAAAAAUAUUUGCGGUACUUCAUUUAAACCGAAUAAAGUAAAGACGCCCGCCAUAUUUUUAAAAACUACAAUGUCAUUUAUGUACAUCGUGACUAUUUUCUUCAGGAUGUUCACUUGUUUGUCUUGUAAAAUAGAAUGAAGCGUAAAGGAAGAAGAAUACGAAAUGUUGUUACGAAACUUACAACAAGAAAAAUCUUUGGGAAUGACCAUAUAAAUGCUGUUUUUCCUCGUUCGCACCUGGAAAUAAUUCCUAAAUUUUCUCCUGUCCGCAUUCGACUACGUGACAUCGAAGACAAUGAUGUAUUUGGUAUUGGUGGACAUGUUUUGCUUGGUUUUACCAAUUGUGGAGAGUAUGUCAUAUCCUACUUGCAAGAUAGGGAUAGUCAUUCGCUUCCUUUUUACAAGUACACAUUGCAUUGGUGGAAGUUUGACCUGAGAAGACCUUUGCGAGAAGUGUGUAGUGUGUCUUUAUUCGAGGAGCGAAGCAUCAUGGGAGAACUUAAAUUGCUUGUUUGCCAGACAUUUAAUGACGAUAGAAUUGUCGUACAUGGUUGUGCACCCCAACGUGGAGACGAGCAAACUCGUCAAUGCUUUGUGACAAUAUGCACCUCGCCCCCGAGGACCAACGAAUUACCAUCGGAAAACACUUGGGCUGUGCAUAUGAUGUACACUCUAUUGUCGCCAUUUCCAAAGCUUGUACCGCAAGUACAUUUGAAAUUAAAACACACUGUUAUCAUUAACUCAGUUGAUUCCGUACAUGCCAUAACAAUUGUGCCUUGUGCUCAGCAUGCAAGCGAAAAAACACGAAGCGUUUCGUCACACACACGUGGGGAUGAUUUGAACAGCGUGAAUACGCGUGGUAACGGUCGUCCGUCAUCAUCACAAAAGUCAUAUAAGUAUUCGCCCUGUACAAAUAAUCGCGAUAUUAACAACUCAAUUGAAGAAACGAGACGUUGUGAUCAACCCAACGACGCGUCGUGCAUUAUUCAAAAAGAUGGGAAAAAGAGAGAGGUAUCUUCAAUGUUAUCACAAGUUGAGCUUUUUGCAAAUUUAACAACUCAAAAAAAUAAUUGUAUGAAGUCGAAUAAUUGUGACAGUGACAGCAUAUCAAGUUACGACGGCAAUGAGAAUCCAAACACACUUUGGGGUGUUGGUUUUAACCCCACCACCCACGACAAUAGUCAGGACGCUCAACAUACAAGCUACAGUUACGAUUCCUGCAAAUUUUCAUCGUUUAAUUAUAAAACAUUCUGUAACAGUCCUGAAACAGAAAUGACCGAGGGUAACUUGAGCAGUCCCAUUAUAGAAAGUUCGUCAAGUGUGGAUAUUCAAGUGGAGACCGUCGAAAAUGAUCCUUACGAUCUUACGGAAUGUUUACACGGUAAAAAAGAGUCGAUGAAAGCUCACACUACACCACGUAUUCACACAAGAAUUGCGUCGUUUGAAGUAGAGCCUUACAUACACGAAGUAGUGAAGUCAUCGUUCAACUUUGAUGAUCGAUAUUGGGUGAUUAAGAAUUACAACACACAAGUGGUUGAUAUAUGUGAGAGCACAAAUUGUGUCGUCAUCCAUAUUACAGUUAUAUUGUUCGUUCAUGAAAUGGGCGGAAGACAUAAUGGUGCGGGAUCGCCAUUAAGCUUGACGCACAGCCAUUACAAAGCAAAGUUCGAAUAA